UCUCUCUCUCUCUCUCUCUCUCUCUCUCUCUCUCUCUCUCUCUCUCUCAGAGACCAAAAAUCAAACACCAUGGUUUUUCCUUCAAUGGACCAACGCCCAGACCCCGAUCAUCAAGACGCCUUCGCACCCCAACCCUAUAAGGGCUACGCCGUCAGCGGUAAGAUCAUGCUCAGUGCCAUCAUCAUCCUCUUCUUCGUCGUCAUCCUCAUGGUCUGCCUCCACCUCUACGCCCGCUGGUACCUCCUCCGCGCCCGCCGCCGCCAUCUCCGUCGCAACCGCCGCAAUCGCCGAACCCACAUAAUGUUUCACGAGGACCCAUACGCCGCUACCCUUUCUACCCCCACACGCGGCCUCGACGCCUCCAUCCUCAACUCCCUUCCCGUCUUCGUCUACUCCUCUAAAUCGACUGAAACAACGCAGUUUCGUGAGCAGCCGAUUUUGGAGUGCGCCGUCUGCUUGUCCGAGUUCGAGGACGGCGAGAAGGGCCGAUUGCUUCCGAAAUGUAAGCACAGCUUCCACAUCGAGUGUAUUGACAUGUGGUUCCACUCUCACUCGACGUGCCCCCUUUGUCGGGCCCCGGUGGAACCGGGUCCGGAGUCGGAAACCCGCGCCGACGUGGUUUUGAAUGUUUGCGAACUGGAAGGGGGUGAACCGGGUCCGAGUUCAGAGCUGUGCUCCGAGUGUUGUAAUUCCGAAACUACGUCGUCGGGUUCGCGGAGAAAACCGCUGGACAUCGUGGUUCCGAGAAGGAACCAGAGUUUUGGGAGGGGGGAGGACUCGGGCCGCGGCGACUCGCCGGCGAGCCAGGCGUUCAGGUCACCGAUGAGUCGGAUGCUGUCGUUUACGAGAAUGCUCAGCAGAGACAAACGCAACGGCGGCGUUUCUCCAUCGGGAGGGAACGCGGGCGGUUGUAGUUCGGUGGCCGAGUCGGAGGAUAUCGAGGUCGGUGGACGACAAGAGACUCGGAAAGAGUACAGGUGUUGACGUGGCGGUAAUUUUAUGUUGUUUUUUGGGCAGCGACAUCCGGCGACUUAUCAGUCAAUGUAUACGUGGCAGGAUUGUAGCAGCACUGGAUUUAUCGCUGUUUUUUGUAGCUGUAUAUACUUGGUCGUCUUCAUUUCAUUGAUAUGUUUUUUCUUUAUAAUAUUUUCUGGUUUUGUCGUGUUUUAUAUAUAUGAUUUAUAUUGGUACGAAAUCUUAGAAUGAAAGGAGAAUUUUUGGGCGUUUGAUUGAAUUCCAAA